GGGAGGCUGACAUUCCACGUCAUAGCAAUCAGAUAAGUCAGCGCCCGAGAGAGGGAAACAAGACGCUGUUGUGAGCAGUGCAGGUCGUUUAAAAAAUAAAGACAAAAAAGGAAAUAAAGCCAAAAUGGGGGCUACUCUUUCAAAGUGGAGAAGUAAACCUUCUACUGUGGAUGUUUUAGAAGGCAUUGACAAGGAUAUUCACAACCUUGAAGAAUUUCGAGAAAAAAACCAAAGACUAUUAAAGCUAUGGGUUGGAAGACUACUUCUUUAUUCAUCUCUCCUUUACCUUCUCACCUGCAUAGUAGUUUAUUUGUGGUAUUUUCCUGAGCAGUGGACAGGACGCCUAAUCAUGGCUCUGCCUUUUUUUGCAUUUCCUGUGUUAGUAUGGUUUCUUAGAAAACUGAUGAUCUGGCUUUUCUCCAAAAGGACAGAGAGAAACAAUGAAAAACUAGAAGAUUUAAAGUCUCAAAAGAAGAAAAUACUUGAAGAAGUGAUGGAAAAAGAGACUUAUAAAACAGCCAAAUUAAUUUUAGAGAGAUUUGAUCCUGAUUCAAAGAAAAAGAAUGAACUGGAACAAAUCCCAGUAACAGGAGCAGCUUUAACUCCAAGGCCUGGCCAAGAUCUUCGUCAACGUAAUAUUUCCCAGAGGAAUCCAACUGCCUCAACUCCUGUGCCUGCAAAUCCCAGUCAUGGAGUUGCACUGUCUGUUGUUCCUGGGACCCCUUCCGGGCAGAUGACUACUUCUGCUCCAGGUGGGCCCCCAGAACGUCACCCUGCAUCAAUAGCUCAGCAAAACCUUAUGAGACAGGCAAUGACACCUGGAACACCAAUGCCUGGAAUGGGCAGACAUCCACCUGGACCUCCUCUUGCAAGACCAAUUCUCCCACGGGAAAGGGGAGCCAUGGAUAGAGUGAUAGAGUUCUUAGUAGGAGAUGGUCCUCAAAACAGGUAUGCACUUAUCUGUCAACAGUGUUUUUCUCAUAAUGGUAUGGCCUUGAAAGAGGAAUAUGAAUACAUUGCUUUUAGAUGUGCAUACUGCUUCUUUCUAAAUCCUGCACGGAAAAUGCGUCCUCAAGCACCUCGUUUACCUGACUUCAGUUUUGAAAAAAAACCUCUGACAGAUUCUCAGGCUUCAGCUGCAUCUCCUUCGGAUUGCUUGUCUGAGAACCUGCAGUGUACAGCUAGGAAAGAAAAGGGGAACAUUCCCCCCUGCCUUCAGAAAGGUGAAGCAUCGGUACCAUUAGCUACAGCUCCUUGGAGUAAAGUUCACAGUUUCACCUCAAACAGUGCUGAUCUCCAAGUAAAAGAGGAGACUGUAACUAAGACAGAGGAGACACAACCAGAGUCUGACCAAGAGCCAGAAAUCCCUGUGCUCCCAUGUGAAGAGCAGCAAGUAGAAGAGACCCUCAGACUAGAAGAUGGGCAACCCUCAGAGAAUGAAAAGGAAAAAGAUGACGAUGUAUCUCUCAUGGAAACGGAAUAAAACAAAACCAAGCAUAAAUGGAACAACGUUUUUGUAUUUUUGUUGGCAUCUAAACUCCUUGCUUUUUAAAAAAAAACAAUUCAGUGAAUUUUUUAACCUCCAUUUUUUUUUUUUAAAUUUAUUUGUUAAAAGAAAAAACAAGCAUGAGUUCUGUCUAAUUAAACGCUUUUCUGUGGUCCUGAGUGCUCUUGAAAAAUGCAGCAGUUGGAAGGUAUGGGUGUAUAUUCUCUGUCCUAGCACUUAGUGAAGUAAUAUUCAGAGAAAGAAAUGGAUUUUUUUUUUCUCCAUUUAUUGCACUUGGAAUGUCUUCUCUUAUUUUAUGAAUUUUUAUUUUCACAUUUGAAGGAAUCAAAAUGUAAUCAGUGACGGUAAAACAGGUACUCGGCAGUUUUUACCUGGAAUAGAGACAACCAGUACGAUAACUUUGUUGACUUUAAUGUGUUUUUUUAAAGGAGUUUACACGGUAUGGUGUAAAAUGCUUUAAUGUCAUUUAUGGAAUGUAUAAUAUGUAUAGCUUAUUUAAUACUUCUGGCUGAUGGCUCUGGCCAAUUAAGUAUUAUAAGAAUAUCUUGUGCAGUCAUUUGUGCAGGAUCUGCCUUAUGUUUACGAGGUACGGGUAGCAAAGUAAUGGUUCUUCAGAUUUUAUUUAUUACUAAGAUUUUGCAAGUUGUGUGCGUCUGUGUGGUUUUUAAGGAUUUCGGGUUAAAUAAAGCACAUAAUAUCUAAGGGA